AUGACAGAUGAUGAGAAUAAAACUGAGUUCCUCAUUCAAGAAUAUGAAUGUGGAGAAAAAGCAAACAUUUAUCAGAUAGAUCACGAACAAAAAGCGAAACAUCUAUCAACAAAGAAAAGCAAAUCUCAUACAUCGUUGACAUCUCUCUUUCGAGCGUUUUUCUAUCCAGAUAAUUAUCCCUUAGGUGUUAGUUCUGACUAUGGCAUUUAUCAAUUGUAUAACAUUGUUCAAACCGGUUGUAUUGCAAUAUCAGGUUCAUUCGCGUUUAGUGCGCUGUUCCGUGCAAUGGGCGUAGGAAAAACUGCGUCGAACUAUUUAGCAGCAUCGAUUGUUUGGCUUCUCAGAGACGGCGCCGGAAUGAUCGGUCGAAUCAUAUUUGCAUGGGGUUUUGCAGCAUCGUUAGACGCUGAUUGUAAACGUUGGCAUUUCCUCGGUGAUGUUCUCAACGACGUUGCGUGCGUAUCAGAUAUGAUCACACCUUAUUUUCCGUCGGCAUUAUUAUUCAUAUCAAGUAUUUCGAAUAUAUGUCGAUCAGUUACUGGAGUUAUUCAUGGCUCAACAAGAACAGUGAUAUUUCAACAUCAAGCACGAAAUAAUAAUCUUGCUGACAUAGCCGCAAAAUGUUCUAGUUUAGAAACAAUGGUCAGUCUAGUCGCGCUAUUCGUCAACGUUGUUCUUCUCGCCACUCUUCCAGAAACUUCCAUUUGGCCGAUAUUUCUCGUCUUGACCGCUGGACAUCUCUGGGCGACUUAUAAAGCCAAACGGUGUAUUCUAUUCAAUCUUUUCAAUCGUCAGCGGUUUCAUCUAGUUUGUUCCGAAUAUUUCAAGACUAAUGGAAGACAAACUCUUUCGAUCGAAGAAGUCAACGAUCGAGAACCAAUUCUAUUCAAAACAUCUUUCCCUUACCGGUCUCAUAUAGGUGUGUCAUUAAAACACAUACCGGAAAAGAUUUUUCCAAGUCAAAAACAAUUAAAAAACUUCCAUUCUAACGACUAUGAACGAUUUCUCAUCUUACAUGACCAAUCAAGUAACACAUUCUACGUUCUCCUACGAACAAAUAGCGAUACAGACGAUUUGAUUCGGUUAAAUUUCUUUAUUGAGAUCAUCUCCUAUGCCAUGAACUCGACAACUGAAGAAAAUUUCAAUGAAGAAUUUCAAUCCCUAGUCAAUCGCAUACAAAAACAAUUACCUGAUCUGAAUUUAUGUUUGACUAUCUUACAUGAGGACAACGACCGAUGCUAUGAACAAUUUAAACAGAACUUUUUCGAUGCUUUUACUUUUUGA